AUGUCUCAAUUAGCCAAAGCCAUCCGCUGGCUAGGCAUGCCCACCUUCCUCGCAGCAAUAUCCUACACCUCCCCCGGCAAUCUCAUAGCCCUCACAACCCCUCUCAUAGCCACCCCAACCCUAAGCCUAGCAUACUGGCACCACCGCCAACCGAAGGAAAACCAAGUAGAUCUCGACACGCUAACCUAUCUCUACACUUUCACCGCCACCCUCGGCCUCGCGCUCAGUCUCUCAGCCCAACUCCUCCUCACGCCCGCGGUCUCCAGACUAUUGUUUGGAAAGGACUGGCGCGAUUACCUGCGCGCCUUCAUGCAAACGGAGAUAAAACCCGGCACCCCGGAAAUCGCAGCGGCGAAUUGGGCCUGGAUAGCCAGAUGGCAGCACUGGGUCUUCCUCGCCACGGUGCCCACAUUCCUCGCCGGCGGAGUCGAGGAGAUACUGAAAUACUGCGCCAUUGCUUUCCUGCGCCGCAAACAUCAAAAACAGCAGCCGCAGCAGCAGUCUCGUGAAAAGGACUCAUCGCGACGUCCACCCCACCCUUCAAAAUCCCACUACCUCCAAUACGCCCUCACGGCCUCCCUAGCCUACUGCACAAUGGAAAGUAUAGGCUUCAUCCGCACCAUGGACCGCCCCGACAUCAGCCCCGCCAAAGCCACCUUGAUGGUCUGCGAACGCAUCUUCAUAGGUGGUCUAGGCCACUGUCUCACUUCCUGUCUCCUGGCCGCCAACGCCGCGAGUCUGGGUGACUAUCGGGAGGGAGUUUGGGAUUGGUGGCGGAUCCUGCGGGAGCCGAUUUUGUUUCAUGGAGGGUUUAAUCUGGUGCUUUUUGCGUUGAGUGGGUGGAAUGGGAAUGUGGGGUGGGUGCAUCCGGAUAGUGUGUGGCAGAUUGUGCCGAUGUUGGGGGUUGUGGCGGGGAUUCAGGGGGUGCUGUUUUGGCGGUUCCGGCGGGUGUGGAGGAGUCUCGAAGCUGACGAGGUCGGGAAGUGA